GCUGUCAAAUUUGUAUGUCAUUCAUCUAUCCUAAAUGGAUAUGUAACGUCAAAAAAAAAACUGAAAAAAUUUCAUUUCGCGCCUUCUCCAUUCGCCACGAUCGACUCGGGGUUUAAUUUUGAAAUUCCAGCCACGCGAAUACCAAUGUCUGGUGGUGAUUUAGGAUGGGAUUGUUUACAGAAAAAUAUCGAGUUAUACAAAAAAUCGGAGAAGGAUCAUUUUCGGAAGUUCUUAAAUGUCAAGAGAAAAUAACGGGUCAUCUUUAUGCUGCUAAACGAUUAAAGAAACAUUUUAAAAGUCCAUCGGAUGCAAUGAAUUGUGCCGAGGUGGUGGCAAUGCAUAAAUUAACAAGACACCCAAACGUGGUUUACAUGAUGGAUUUUUUUUACGAUACAAAUCUAGGAUCGUUAACGUACGUUUUUGAAUUGAUGGAUUUGAGUAUGUACGAUUUUAUGAAGUUGAAACGGCGCCCGUUCGCCGAGUCAAGAGUGAAGUGGUAUUUGUAUCAAAUCUUAAAAGGUUUGGAACAUUUACACAAGAACGGACUGUUUCAUCGCGACAUAAAACCGGAAAAUAUUCUCGUCAAAUUGAAUCCGGACGGAAACAAAUCGGAUUCGGGAGGAGGCGGAUUUCCGUCGGAAAUCGUCAAAUUAGGUGAUUUAGGAUCUAUAAGAGGCGUUUAUAGUCGACAACCUUACACCGAAUACAUUUCAACCAGAUGGUAUCGAUCGCCUGAGUGUUUAUUAUCGGUUGGAUAUUAUGGACCGAAAAUGGAUAUUUGGGCUGCUGGAUGUGUUUUUUACGAAAUGUUAACGUUCCAUCCCCUUUUUCCCGGAUCAAACGAAAUAGAUCAACUAGCGAAGAUCCACGCGAUCUUAGGAAGUCCCAGUAACAGAUUGGUUACAAAAAUCAAAAAGAAAUCUCAUAACUGCCAACAUUUUCCACGGCAAAUCGGUUGCGGUUUAAAAAUUAUGAUGAAUAGCUUUUCCGAGGAGGCACACAUUAUUUUAAAGUUGAUGCUCCAAUACGACCCUGAAACCCGAAUAAACGUCCGUCGAUUAAUAGAAAACCGUUAUUUCGCCUCUGUGCGUCAAUAUUAUCUCAUUUACCAAUUCAAAUUUAACGCGAUUCAAAAUCAAAGGGAUUUGGAAAGGUGUAGCAAGGGCAGGGGUGAUCAAAAAACCCCGACGAAUUGUCCCACUUCGACUUCAGAUCAAUGGAAACCCCCGAAAUUUCAAAACAUGAAUAAAAAUGACGCGAAACCACUCAAUAAGAAUCUAGUUGAAAAAGAAGGUGAAACUGUUAUAGUCAAAAAAGAUGGAUCAAUUCAAAGCAUUCUUUCAUCAAUGGAAAGCAUUUCAACGUUGAAAAGUAUAGGUGCAAUGGACAGCGUUUCAACGAUGCGAAGUGUUUCAACAAUGAUAAGAAGUGCUAAGAAAGAUUUGGAAAAGCUAACGGACGAGGAAAUGUUGAAGAGAAAGUUGGAAGCCACGAGAAGAUAUUACGUCCAUAAAUGUCAACAGACGAUUAAAUCGCAUCCGCCGAACGAAACGUACAGAAAAACCACGUCGAACCUACCGAACAUUUUCAGCAGCAAGACUAAAACGGUACCGGAACAUUCGAAACAGAAACAGUUUUAUUCAAAAUCGCUCGUUAUCCCGCGAAAAGCCAAACACAAAAUCGAUUGUGUCAAUGAGAAUUGGAUCGAAAAGGUCAUAAAAGUAAAUUUAAAUGCUAAAAAGUGAGAUGUUUGUAUUUUGAAAUGUUGGGGUAAAAAAUAAAAGUAAAAA